AUGAACCGAUUUGCAGUGCUUGCCAUGGUGAUGGCCUUUCAGGUCAUCCACCAGGCAAAUGCGAAAGCUGUGUUUGCACAUUUCAUGGUCACAAACUCAGAGAAUUACACUGCUUCUGACUGGCAGUCCGACAUUGGAUUGGCCCAGGAUGCCCAUAUCGAUGCGUUCGCCCUCAACAUGGCAUGGGAAGACAAGACCAAUGACGCUUCCGUGGAAAUGGCCUUCACUGCUGCCAAUGCGAAGGGAUUCAAGCUAUUCUUCUCAUUUGACUAUGCUGGCAAUGGACCAUGGGACCAAGAUGUUGUCAUCAGACCUGGUAAUGCAGCUGACUGGGUCACGAUCAAAGCAAAGACAAAUUGCUUCUUUAUGCCGGACUGGUCUUCUGUCGGCGCCAAGCCAGCGGUGGGAUUGGCAAAUGGCGUUGCUGAUGGAUUGUUCAGCUGGUCUGCGUGGCCAUGGGGAAAUCAGGGUAUGGAUACCUACACCGAUGCCUCAUAUAUACAAUAUCUGGACGGGAAGCCAUAUAUGAUGGCUAUCUCUCCUUGGUUUUACACCAAUCUGCCAGGAUACAACAAGAACUGGCUUUGGAAUGGUGGUAGCCUCUGGUUCGACCGAUGGCAAGAGCUUUUCGGUCUUGACCCAAUGCCAGAAUUCGUUGAAAUCAUUUCUUGGAAUGAUUACGGUGAAUCCCAUUAUAUUGGUCCCAUUCGCGAGAACGCCUUGGCUGCCCUUGAUAUUGGUAAAGCUCCGUACAACUACGUGUCAGGUUAUCCCCAUGACGCCUGGCGCGAUAUGCUUCCUUUCUUGAUUGAUUUGUACAAAACUGGAAGUGCCUCGAUGGACAAUGAUAUAGCUACCUUCUGGUAUAGCCCUAAUCCGCUAGACUAUUGCAGUGCUGGGGGGACAACACUCAAUACCGCCUCUCAGUUGCAGAUUGAAUUCGACCCAAAGGAUAAAUUGGAAGCCCGGAUCUGGGUUAUGGCAUUAUUCAGCGACGGCAACGCUGCGGUGUAUGUCAAUGGUCAUGCUGUGGAGUGGGACUCUAUGCCGCAGACCGACGUUAAAGGGGACGGUGAUAUUGAUGCUGGUAUCUGGUUCGGUAGCGUCGCUGCACCACCUGGCAUGGUUACCGUCGAUUUGUUUGUUCGUGAUUCAUCGACGAGUUUCCUCAAAACCAUCGACAUCACCACAUCAUGUGAUGGGGGCUUCAACAACUUCAAUGCGUGGGUAGGAAGUGUUCGAGGGGGGUGGUAUGGUCCGUCCUCUACUUCAGUCGACUUGAAAGACCAGGUGUGUGUUAAAGGGAAGGGCGCCUACGACUUCAAUCCUCUUUGCACCUUUACUUGCUCCUACGGGUAUUGCCCUGUCGGCGCAUGCACCUGCGAGCAGAUGGGUGUUGCCCUUACUAAGCCUAACGCGACAGGAACGACAGGCUACCCAGCAGAAGGAAAAGAUGCCAACUACAAGGGCCUAUGCAGCUUUGCCUGCAACUACGGCUAUUGUCCAUCCGGGACGUGUGACACCAUCCCAUGCCGGUGCCAACAGUCUCGGACUUCCUGCCGCCAGCCUGCGUUGCUGGCACUGGAGACGGCGCAGUCCUCGGAUUGUGUUCGCCCUCUUGUGCAACCACCGGCCCAGAGCGAGAGUGCUGGUAUGGCAGCUCCCGGCCAGCCUAAGAAGUUUGACAACCUCUGUGACUUCACUUGCAGCAGAGGCUACUGUCCACCUGGAACCUGCAUAUCGGAGGCGGAGCAGAGGAUUACGGAGGCGGAGCAGGAGAUUACGGAGGCGAUUGCCACGAGUGGUUAUAAUAUUUCCGACUUCGCCGACUUUAACCUUACCAUCCUAGGGACGGCGCUGACUGGCGAGGACGGGUGCACCACUCUCCAGAAAAAGCAGAUCAGAUCGGGAUGGGUGGAGUCCUGGAAGAUCAUGAAUUACAUAUAUAAGGUGGCCAAGGCUGGCAUCGACUUCAACGAGGCCGCUGCUGUCGAGUACCUGGGGCCACCAUCGAUGAAUCAGGACCAGUGGAGCAACUACAAGGCUAUAUAUCUGAACCUUGCCACCAUCCAGCCCGGCUGGAAGAUUCUCGACCCGUUCGACUGGUUCGCCUGGAAGAUUGCGGUCCGGUGCGAUGACCCGGGGUUACAAUGCUCAUGCGGGAGAGACGUCAACACCAUUGCCUACACGGUGCAGAAGGACCCCAAACACCAGGUCGCAGCCAUAAAUUUUUGCCCGCAGUACUUCUCGUUGCAAACGCUAAAGGACGCAAUGUACUGGGCAGACACCACGCACACUCCCGGGGAAUACGCCGACCUGAAUAACUACUACAAUAAUCAGGCCCUGGUGUGGAUUCAUGAACUGCUACACAUCGACUGGGUGUCGAUGGCCUCAAGCAGUGGAAAUAUUCACCAUGUCUCUGACAUCAAGGUGGGAUACGAGGAAGGGAACAAGGGCGUCAUGAGGUACUACACUGCCUACGGGCCGCGGAUGUGCAAAGCACUGGCGCGCUUGGGAUGGGCCACAGGCAAAUGGACCAUUCAAAACGCCGACAGUCUGACCUUGUAUGCCUUCGCCAAAUACGUCCAGAACGCGCUUGGCAACAUCUACCCGCACCUCCCCCUGGCGCCACCGGCCCCCAAAAGCGCGACAAUUCCUUUUGAGAUCGACGACCUUUUCACACUCUAUAAUAACGGCACUGGUGAACGGGUUUUGAACACCACCCUCGACAACAAGUUGGAGUGGAGUCUAAGUCAGGGGGUCUGCGCUGCUGCCGAUGAUGAGGAUGGUGAUGAGGCUGCCAGUGCCGUGAUGACGACUAUGACCACCUGGCCUGUUGAGACAGACUACCCUUCGGACUAUCUGUCCAGUUGGUCAUCAUGGGCCGGCCUGACGCCCACAACCACAACCACAACCACAGCGGCAGCGGCCACCGCAACCGCAUUUGGACUAUGA